AUGCCCUUGUCUCCCAUCCUCUUACCCAGCUCAGGAACUGCACACCACUCAAGAACGUCACACUCGGCUGGGUUGCCAGAACGGGCUCCCACACGUUUAAGGCUCUGCCACUCUCUCGGCCACCAAACCUUCUUGUUGCUGCUGCUCUUGUUCCCCGAUGGGCCUCCUGCUGCUGCUGCUGCUGUCACUGCUGCUGCUCAUAACUUGAAGCCAGCCCUGCCCCCAGUUGUAAAAGAUAAACCUUUCCUAGUGACCUGGAAUGCACCAACAGCUCGCUGUGCAGCUGCCUAUGAUGUCCCUCUCAACUUGGACUCCUAUGGGAUCCUGGUGAAUUCCCAGGAAGCCUUUGUGGGUGGGAACAUUACCAUCUUCUACUAUGAUCAACUGGGCUUGUAUCCGUAUUAUGUGAACACGACGGUGCCACCCACUGCUGUUCAUGGUGGCUGCCCUCAGAACAGCAGCCUGAAAGGCCACCUGGACAAGAUGAAAAGGGACAUUGCUGUAGCCAUGCCUUCGCGCGCUUUUGCAGGUCUCUCUGUGAUUGACUGGGAGAACUGGAGGCCUCAGUGGAUACGGAACUGGGAUAAAAAAAAUAUCUAUCGGGACAUGUCCCUCCUCCUUGUAAAGCAAAGAAACCCCCAUUUAUCUGACCAUGAGGCAGAACUGGAAGCCAAAUGGGAGUUUGAGGCAGCUGCACAGAAUUUUAUGUCAGAUACUCUCCGGGUAGCCCGAUCUCUGCGCCCCAAUGGCUGGUGGGGCUACUACCUCUUCCCCGAGUGUUAUAACUAUGAUUACUUGGAUGAUUUUGAGGGCUUCACAGGGCACUGUCCCCCACUGGAAGUGCAGCGCAAUAAUGAGCUGUCCUGGCUUUGGGAGAAGAGCAGGGCCCUCUACCCUUCCAUCUACAUAGAAGAGAUGCUGAGAACUUCCCCCCAAGGAAAGAAGUUUGUGCGGGCCAAGGUGGGCGAAGCCUUGCGAGUGGCCGAGUUGCCCUCAGCCCAACAUUCUCUCCCCGUUUUUGUAUAUGCCAGGCCAUUCUACACCUAUACCCUGAAGGAGCUGAGCCAGGCUGACCUGGUGUACACCAUUGGGCAGGCUGCAGCCAUGGGUGCUCAUGGCCUUGUGCUCUGGGGAGAUGCAGAAUAUUCUCGGAACCAGUCCAACUGCUUAAAGGUUCACAAGUAUCUGACAAGCACUUUAGGCCCAUAUAUCGCCAACGUGACCAAGGCAACUGAGCUUUGCAGCCGUGAUAUCUGCAAUAAUCAUGGCCGCUGCAUUCGUCGGAGAAUGGACUCUGAUGCUUAUUUACACCUUGGUCCUAAUCCUGUGGGUGGCAUCUCCACUCGUGAGUUGGCCAAUAGGACUUUAAGCCAUCAGGAGAAGGUCAGGAUGGAACAGGAAUUUGCCUGUCACUGCUACAAGGGAUGGAGUGGCAAAAGGUGCCUUUCCAAGGGGCACAGUAUGCGGUUGUGGGCAGACAGUUGGUGCAUUUAUGGCAUAGUUUUGCCUGUACUUUGGAUAAGGUAUUUAUGAGCCAUUUGGACUAGUUGCUAUAAAUAUGAAUAUUGUGAAGCCAAUGCUGUAAAGUGAACCCUGUAUCUUUCCAUGUGACAGAAAGAAGAAAGGUACAGGCAUGGUGUUUGGUGACAGAGGCAUGGUUAAGUAUGCUGUAACUCUCCCUGGCUUCCCAGGAUGUCCUCCUCUUGUGGUGUUUCACUGGAAAAGUUGGCACAUGUGGAUGAGCCCUAGGAGCAUUUAUUACCUACGCAGGACUGUAUUCUUCCAAUACACCAGGGAUGGGCUGCUUUCAGCUCUCCAGGGGUUGAUCACAUACAUCUCUCAGCCAAUGAUGAAGGCUUAUUGGAGCUGUAGUUUAGCACUUGGGGAAGAGCACAGAUUUUCUG